UUUUUUCUACCGAAGUGAUCGUUUAUAAGUUAGAUUCGACCAAAUUUCUUUCCUUCCUUGAAUUGCUGCUACCCUUGUGAUCGUCAUGGAAAAAUCAACAUUAUUUGUACUUUUUAGUUUGUCAGUGUUAUUUCUUUUCGACUUGGCUCAUCCAGAAGAUAAUUCGACUGAGUCAUGUAUAUGCGUUCCUUUCUUUCAAUGCUCAAAUGACAUAUCCGGCGAAGUUGUGACAGAUGGCAAAUUUCUUCUCGACCAAAGGAUCGGCCAAAAUGAAAACGGCACCAAAUGCCCGGGACCUUUCGACGUCUGUUGCAAGGUGAAGAAGCCCAGCAGAAAAUCGGGUUCGAAACCCAGAAAGGCAGCGCCACCUUUUCCCAUACCACCCAUGAGAUCGCAAGGAUGCGGUUACGAUGACAACAUCCUCUCUUGGGCAGCCACCAUGCUCUUCCAAAAACCCGACAAGCUGUUCCCUCCGACCUACAAGUGCGGAGCCAGCAUCAUCCAUAGGGAUGUUGUUCUGACGGCUGCCCAUUGCUUGGAAGAAGAAGGAUAUUAUUUUAUUAGGACAGGAGAAGCCACCAGGAAGAUGUACAGCGUGGUCAUCCACCCCGAGUUCGAGAUGGGCUCCCUGCGUCACGACGUCGCCAUCAUAGUCCUGAGGAAGUACGACGGCAACGGCACCGCCACCACCUACCCCUGCAUCCCCAGGACCGUCCAGGUGCCCAACGGGACCGCCUGCGUGGCCGCCACCUUCAACGGCGACCUGAACCGGAUGGAGAAGAUCCGCAUGCCCUACGUGGACCCGGCCACCUGCACGCAACGACUCAGCACCACCAGACUGGGGCGGUUCUUCGAGCUGCACGAGAGCUUCGUGUGCGCCGGGGGCAGCGACAGGGACACCUGCGUCGGGGACGGCGGCAACCCGCUCAUCUGCCCGGUGCCGGGACAGCCGGGACGCUACGACCAGGUCGGGAUCGUGUCCUGGGGCAUAGGCUGCGGCAAGGCCGGCAUACCGGGGGUGUACGUCAACAUAUCGCACGUCAGGGAGUGGAUCGACGGCGUGCUGAGGGAGUACGGGAAGAAUUGAUUUGUUGUGUUGUGUUUUUGACGACGACGUUUGGAAGAUUUGUGUAACGAUUUUAAUAAAUGUCUUUUUUUAUUGAUUUCCGAACGAGAGUAA